AUGAAAAUCUCGCAACUGGUUACCGGUGUAACAGCAACCUUAACGCUCGUCGAAGCAGAGGAAUUCCUCAUUCGAUUGAAAGCACCAAAGACUUUGGCCAAGAUAAUCGAGAAUAAAUUCAACGAUGAUUUCUUCAACGUGUUCACAGAAGGUAAAAUUCUAAAGACUUUCUCGUUCGGUAAAUUUGAAGGGUUCACCGUCGAUUUCCCAACAACCUCCAUUGCGAAACUCCGCAAGAAUCCCCUGAUCGCUGACAUUGUGCCCAACGUCGAGUUCAAUGUGUUUGACGGUGAUUUGCCCGAAGAGGGCCCGGAGUUCGGUGAUGAUGAAAAUGAGAAAGACGAUGACAGCGAGGAGGACGAUACAGAGGAAAAUGAGGACGAAAACGAUGAUGAAGGUGAAGAUGAGGACGAAGACGACGAUGACUUCGAUGAAGAAGAUGACGAUGAGCUGAGUGACAUUAGGACUCAGAAAUUUUCUCCCAGACAUCUUGCCAGGAUUUCUCGCAGAUCUGCAUUGCCGUACAAUCCUAACGACCUUGACGUUGCCGCCUCCAAUUUCAGCUACUACUUUGACAAAAACUAUUUGGGAACUUGUGUCAACGCCUAUGUCAUUGACACUGGUAUCCACAAGGAGCAUAAGGAGUUUGGAGGUAGAGCCAAGUUUGGAGCAGAUCUCGUGGGAGAAGGACCUGGAGAUCUCAAUGGCCAUGGAACGCACGUUGCUGGUUUGAUUGGAUCAAAGACGUUUGGAGUUGCAAAGGACGUCACAUUGAUCGAGGUCAAAGCCUUGAAUGCUAAAGGUCAAGGUAACUUGACUUCCGUCAUUAGCGCCAUUGAAUUUGCAGUAAAUCACUGUCGAGAAAGCAAACGAGGAUGCGUAGCGAACUUGAGUCUGGGGUCGUUCAGAAAUUCUGUUUUGAAUCAAGCAGUGGAAGCAGCUCUAGAAGCAGGUGUGGUUAUUGUUGUGGCAGCCGGUAAUUCUAAUGCCAAUGCAUGCUGGAGCAGUCCAGCUUCUUCCUUAUCAGCCCUUACCGUUGGCGCAUUUGAUGACAGAACUGACACCAUUGCCAGAUUUUCAAAUUGGGGCAAUUGUGUAGAUAUUUUUGCACCAGGUGUCAAGGUUUAUUCUCUGGCAAACAAAUCACCUUUUGCUCCAGUGGCAUACUCUGGCACUUCUAUGGCUUCACCCAUUGUUUCAGGAAUGGCUGCUUUACUUUUGGAUAGCGGAGUGCAUCCACUCGAUGUAAAAUCAGGAAUUAUAGAAUUGGCAACAGACUCUAUUUUCCACAAGAGAAGCUUGCUUUUCAAACCUGGCACCCCAAAUAGAGUUUUGUUUACUGGGGUCGACAAGCAAGACGAUUUUUUCGAGGAUGCAGUAUAUCCUGGAAUUGACAUUGACCAGUUGGUAAACGAUUUGGCAAACUACAAUAAAGAUGGCCACGUAGCAGAGGACGAUGCGACUUUGCCAUUGGGUGAAAUAAAGCUCAACAAGAGAGCCCACGUUACAACUUUAAAGCCAUUCAUGAAACCGAUUUAUGCCACAACUGCUGCUGAGGAACCUGCAUGCACUACUUACAGUGCGGCGGACUAA